AUAACAUCUGCUCAACAAGAUCCGGUUGUGGUAAAAAUCUGAGAAUUCAAUGCACAGUAGGUAGAGGGGAUGACGAUGUUACAGUGCAACGUCUCCCAUUAAUUACAUCGAAUUAACCUUUUCCUUGGUCGACUACCGUGCGGCUUUUUCUUAUUCCUUUUAUCAUUCCUCCAUUGCUAAUAUGACGGAGUAUCUUUGUAUUCUAACGCCCAAAGACAUCUGUGGAGGGAAUGCUCAGCAACCCCAUCUUCUAUAAUUACAGCGAGAGAGAGCGCAGCCUCUAUAUCUGAGCGUCAGUAUUUCAUUUCAGAGGAAGAACGGGGCUACUGGGUCAGUUGAAGGGUGAAAUAUCCUAUGUGAUGAUUUCAUAUGAACAUAUGAAGCUUUGAGUUUGCGGUCCUGAGAUUCUCUGUUGCUUUGUUUUGUUCUAAGGGUAAAAUUGUGUUGGAUCAUCCGAGAUGGGGCUGAUUUCCGGGAUUCUGAUGGGGAUUCUGUUUGGAAUCGGAUUGAUGGCAGGUUGGAGACAUAUGAUGAGAUAUAGGAGCAGCAAGCGAAUGGCCAAAGCAGUUGAUGUAAAACUAAUGGGAUGCCUUGACAGGGAUGACUUGAAGAAAAUCUGCGGUGAUAAUUUUCCUGAGUGGAUUUCAUUCCCUGUCUAUGAGCAGGUGAAAUGGUUGAACAAACAAUUGAGCAAACUCUGGCCAUUUGUUGCUGAAGCAGCAGAGGCUAUUAUAAAAAUGUCAGUUGAACCUCUACUAGAAGAGUAUCGACCUCCAGGAAUUUCUUCUUUGAAGUUCAAAAAGCUCUCACUGGGAACUGUGGCACCAAAGAUUGAAGGUAUCCGUGUUCAGAGCCUUAAGAAGGGUCAAAUCAUAAUGGAUAUUGACUUUCGGUGGGGUGGAGAUCCCAGCAUCAUUCUAGCAGUGGAAGCUCUGGUUGCUUCUAUUCCCAUUCAGUUGAAAGAUCUUCAAGUUUUCACAGUCAUUCGUGUUAUCUUCCAACUGUCGGAGGAAAUUCCAUGCAUAUCCGCUGUUGUUGUUGCUUUACUUUCUGAGCCAAAACCAAAAAUUGAUUAUGUGUUGAAGGCUGUUGGUGGAAGUUUGACGGCCAUUCCUGGACUCUCAGAUAUGAUUGAUGAUACUGUAAAUACAAUUGUUACCGAUAUGCUACAAUGGCCACACAGAAUUGUUGUUCCAAUCGGCGGCAUGGAUGUUGAUACAAGUGAUUUGGAGCUUAAGCCACAAGGGAAACUUACAGUUACUGUAGUCAGGGCUACUAACUUAAAGAACCAGGAAAUGAUCGGAAAAUCUGAUCCAUACGCAGUUGUACAUAUCCGUCCACUGUUCAAGGUUAAAACAAAAACUAUUGAUAACAACCUCAAUCCUCUUUGGAAUGAGACAUUUGAGUUAAUCGCAGAAGAUAAGGAGACACAGUUUGUUACCAUUGAGGUCUUUGAUAAAGACAAUGUUGGGCAAGAUGAGCGAAUGGGUGUUGCUAAGUUACCUUUGAAAGAUUUAGAAGCUGAAACCCCAAAAGAAAUUGAGUUGAAAUUGCUGCCAAAACUUGAUAUGCUUAAAGUCAAAGACAAAAAGGAUAGAGGGACCAUUACAAUUAAGGUGUUGUAUUAUGAGUUCAAUAAGGAAGAACAGGAAGCUGCACUGGAGGAAGAGAAGAGGAUCUUAGAAGAAAGGAAGAAGCUGAAAGCAGAUGGGGUGAUUGGGAGCACAAUGGACGCCCUAGACGGGGCGGCAUCACUUGUGGGCAGCGGUAUAGGUGCUGGUGUUGGGGUGGUCGGUAGUGGUUUUGGAGCCGUCGGCAGUGGACUAAGUAAAGCUGGAAGGUUUAUGGGUAGGACCUUCACCGGGGGUAAUUCUGGAAGCAACACGAAGAGUCAGAGGAACAGUACCUCAUCCACCACCACAGUGAACCCACCUGUUCAAGAAAAUGGUGCCUCUAAGCCUCUGUAGAAAACCGAAUAGCUUUUCUGUCACACUACUAGGCAUUUUUUAUUAAACGCUUGGAUUCACUUCAUCAUGUUUAUACAUUCUGUUCUGACUUCACAAGUGUGUUGGUUUGCUCUCCACCCAACAUUGUACAGCAUUUGCUCGUCUCCCUUCAAUUUUUAAAUUGUUCUUGUAGUAAAUUCUAAUUUUGUGUUUUUUGUCUAUUUCAUCCCAUUGAUCAUAAACUCCGGAGUCCGCAAUAAACUUGUUUAACUUGCUAGCUA